GUUUGAAGCCAACGACGUCGUUUUAGCAUUCCUUCAUCACUUCAAACUUUCCCCAGAAGCCACGCCAAUGGCGGCCAUGACUUGUCCGCUUCUUCCCUGACUGAAGAAUGGAGGAAGACUUCGACGGCUUCGUUCCGUGCUCUUCUCUCGUCGUCGAUUCCAUCCUCCGAGUUGGAACAGCUGGAGCAAUCUGGGGGUUAUGUAUGAGCCCAUACGAUGCAAAUAAAAAAGGUCUCACUGAUCUCUCUCGCGCUGCAUUUGUGGCAAAGUCAGUAGGCAAAAUCAGCUUUCAGUGCGGACUUGUUGCUGGAGUUUUUUCCGGUACUCGCUGUGUGGUUCAAAGACACCGGAGGCAGAAUGAUUGGGUGAAUGGUUUUAUUGCUGGUGCUGUAGCUGGGGCAACUGUUGCUGCUAGGACGCGGAGUUGGAAACAGGUUGUUGGGAUGGCUGGUUUGGUUUCUGCUUGUAGUGCUGCUGCAGACUACUAUAAAGCAAUUUGAAGUAGAAAGCCUCAGGCAGGAGAAAAGUGAUCCUCACCCUUCUCUUCUUACAUUGACCAUCAGUGUGUAUGCAACACAUUUGAUUUUUUUCCUCUGGGGAUUAUAUGAAAGUUGUUAUCAUAAUCAUUUGGCAUUGGUGUCAGAUUAGGCUGGCUCUGCUUCCCUAGUUGAUUCAAAAUAACUAGUCAAGCCACCAACCGAUGCUCACUUGCUUGGUUGGUUUGGGACAAGUGAGCACAUGAUCUUUUAGUUGAGCUAAAAAGAUAUAGGAGUGGAUUUAUAGAACGAAACAUCGGUCAAUCAUCUUUCACCAGAAUGUUUAUGGGGGAGGAUUGCAGAUGAAGCUGUAUUGUUCUCAACACUGUUCUGAUUAUUCAACUAGAAUCUAUGUUAUUUAUUUAUUUAGUUAUAUUCUUGUCAAACAUCUGUACAGUGAUUUUGAAGGGAAUGAUCUUAGAUUUCAAA